AUGGCUGUACAAAAGGACCACUGGUAUGACAGGGCACUCCUCAUCCUUCUCUCUAGUCUCACAGUUUCUGUGCAGCAGACAGAUGGUGUAACCACGGUGAAGCUGGAGGAGGGGAUGGUUCUAGAGUGUGUGUGUCCAUGGGAAGGGAGCCUCAUCAUGGUCUCCUGGACCAAACUGAUCCGAUUCGAUAAGGUCCCCAUAGCCGUGUACCACCCUGAGUACGAGCUGUCCAUUUCCCAGUCCUACCAGACCAGGAUCCAGUUCCUGAAGACCACACCCAUGGACGGCAGUAUCACCAUCACUAACGUCAGCCAGGAGGACACUGGGGUUUACCACUGCUCUGUUCAAACCUUCCCCAGGGGAUCCUGGGCCAGAGAUAUAUUGGUGGAGGAGGAUGAUGCAGAUGAAGAUCAAGAAGAAAUGGACCUCCACACCAGAGAACCAGAACCUAGCCCAGGUGAGAGGUCAGAGUUUAAACAUGACCAGGUCAAUUAG